AUGAGUAAUCCAAACGCACUUUUUUCCUACCUCGCUUCUUUGCUUUUGGACAUCAGCUUGAAGCUCUCAAAGCCCCUUAAUAACACAUUUUUGAACGACCUUUCACCAAUUGACCAAAAAGCAUUGCUUAUUCACCAAUUUGAGGAUGGCUCAAAAUGGGAAAUUUCAAUAUCAAGUGGAACAACCAUUCAUAUCGAGAGAGUAGAAGAAAAAUCCACACAAGCCAACUCCACACAAAACCAUUCCUUAAUCUGUGACACAAUUGAGACCUUCCCUGACGAAUUUUUGCUAACACACCAAAGUGAAGAUUUCAUCACAGACGGCUUCGAAAUACCAAUUGGAGACUUGGACCCACUGGAGGCAACCUGGAAAAGGGACGAUUUGUAUAUAGACGCUGAGUUUUCUGACGUCCCUGACAGUCUAUUUUCCAUUUCAGAGACUCCAGGAUCAGAAGGUCAGCCACUGCUACCUCAGCCUUCAGUUUGGAAGUGGCGGAAUGGGAGUUUGUCAACUGAAGAAGCGAUUAAUUAUAUGUAA